AUUCGAUACACAGACAGAACAUUCCGUGCGUCGAAAGUGUCAACUGAGGCUGUGGCCUUGAUGCACGUCAUUAAAGGACAUGUCGUCUGCGAGUCUACUUUGUUUACUGGUUGCUGGUAAGAAAUCAUUUUCGGACCUCAUUGGGCAUUAAAUAAUUAAAGCCAUUUUAUAAAACUGUGGUAGUGUUGAUCAAUUGUAGACGUGCAGAUAGUUGUAAAUGAUUUUAAAUGUGAUGAGGAACGUUGGCUGGUGAGCUUUUUAAACAAAAUAAUAAUGGCGCCUUUUUAAGAGUAGAUGAAAAUAUUGGAGUGUAUAUUUAUAUGUACCGUAUAGACUAUAAAAAUUAGGAGUUUAUUUUUUUAUUUUUUUUUGUUGCAAUUUUAGUUUCUUAUCUAAACAUAAGUUUGUAAUGAUUUUAGCAAUUACUGAUUAUUAGUUGGGAGCCAGCUUUUUUGACUAUACGAAAUUCAACGAUUUACACUUUAAUUAUUCAAAGUUGUUUGUGUAUCGAUGGUCAAUACUCGAAUUGUUUAAGUGGUCAUGGGAUGUCUGUUGGUUUGUAAAAUUAUUUUUUUUUUAAAUUUAAUUUGGCCACAACAAGGGGGGGGGGGGGUGAGGGGUGUCGGGGGGGGCUAUCCCCCUGGGGGGUGAAAGCCAAAAUUCCCUCUUCUUCCUAGACCUUGGUCAUUUCUGUAUGAUAUUGGUAUUUAAUUCUAAAGUUCACUGUGAAUAUUAGUAAUUUUUUUUUUUUUUAAUGUUUUUUUUGCUCAAGGUGGGGGGGGGGGGGGGUGAGGGGUGUCGGUGGCGGCUAUCCCCCUGAGUGGUGAAAGCCAAAAUUCCCUCUUCUUCCUAGACCUUGGUCAAUUCUGUAUGAUAUUGGUAUUUAAUUCUAAAGUUCACUGUGAAUAUUAGUAAUAACGGUACCCGGUACAAACAUUUACAGUUUUAAAAAAAUGUUUUUGUUGACAUUUCGGUAAAAAUAUUAUUGAUAACAAAGUAUUACAAAUUCGCUAAUAGCUCAAUAAUUCAUCACUCAUUUCAGCAAAUAUAAUUUGAAAUCCAUUGAUUGUUUUUUUUAUGAGUUUAAUUAGGCCUAUAUUUAAUUUGUUUCGUUUAAGUUUAGUGGCUCCCUAGCUGUGCGAUCAAAAUUUGUCGUAUCCAUACAUGCUAGUGAGUGACUCGAUAGAUCUGCGAUCAAAAUUUGUCAUAUCCAUGUUUUUAGUGUCUUGAUACGUACGGUAUAAAAGGUGUCAAAUUUUAAAGAAAAUAUGUGUAUAUCUCACUACACCGUGUAUAAGUAACCCCCACCCCUUGUGUAGAUACCCCAGAGAUGUAUGGGGUGGGGUGGGCUGGGGUUUUACUUGCACACAAUGUAGUAGGAUAUACAAAUAUUUUCCUUAAAAUUUGAUAUUCGCAUUUUGAGACAGAUAAUAAUAUUACCGUACAGUAAGUUAAAUGUUUUUUUUUUUUUUCUGUAGUAUAUCACACGACCAUUGCACUAAAGCUAAACUUUUACUGUCUUCUUUGCUGUAGUUGAUACCGUUUCUUGGUCGUUUCGUUUCAAUCUCUACUUUGUAACACUUUGUGUUUGAACAUCCCAGGGGCGAGCCUCGUUGUGGCAUCUGCCAACGACUACGAGACAGAGGGCCGUCAUCGCACCAAGCGUAACGUCAUCCAGCUGUGUCGGGUGAUCAACCGCUACACCGGGAGGUCGUGCCUCAACUACAACAACUACGGCUGUUUCUGCGGCCUGCGGAGUAAAGGUAGCAGCCCGGUGGACGGGGUCGACAAGUAGGUUGGAUGGUCACACGAACACGUUGAGAUAGGACCAAUGAAAUAGUUACUGAACCUGUGCUACCCAAACUGAUGCUACAUAAACCUCUUCUACAUAAACCUCUACCGCCUAAACAUGUGCUACCUAAGCCCAUGAUACCUAAACCUCUACUACAUAAACCUCUACCACGUAAACGUGUGCUACCUGAAUUUCUACUACCGGUACCUAAACAUGUGCUUACUAAACCUCUACUACCUAAACAUGUGCUUAAUAAACAUCUACUACCUAAAUACGUGCUAUCUAAACUUCUACUACCAAAACUUGUGCUACCCAAACAUGUGCUACCUUAACAUCUUUUACAUAAACAUGUGCUACUUAAUUUAAACCUCUUCUACCUCAACUUGUGCUACACGGUACCUACUACUGCCUAAACUUAUACUACCCAAACAUGUGCUACUAAACUUCUAUUACCUAAACGUGCACCGAUACUACCUAGACUUCCACCAACAACAUCUGCACUCCCUAAAUCCACUACCUAAACUUGAGCUACCUAAUCUUGUUCAGCCUAAACUUGUGUAAGCUAAACUUUUGCUUCCUAAAACUGUGCUACCUAAAUACUUUCUAACCUAACUCAUAUCAGUAUUAUCAGGUAAACUGCAUCUCCUAUUCUUAACAAUAAAAUAUCAAAUUAGAUUUCUCGGCUGGAAACUGGGAGGUUAGAUUUUGGCUGGCUGAGCUUUGCGCGACUUCCAAUAUUGCAGCGCUCACAAUCUUUGAUCGUAUAAUUGUGCCGAUUAAAGACCUACAACUGCAAGUCCGACUGUGUAUUUUGAAACUGGUGAGAGUGGGGUGGGUCCAAAAAAAACCUGUUGGUUGGGGGGGGGGUGGGGGGGCUGGAUUGGUCAAUGGUAUGGAAAUAAUCAAAUGUGUUUCACCUUUCUCACCAAUGAACAGGUGCUGUCGUGAACACGAUCGUUGCUUCGCCUCACUGAAAUGUCGUCUGCUGCCCUUUGUGACGUACUCCUUGGACUGUUCUGGCAAGACCUGUUCUUGUAAUGGUAUGUAACAAUAAAGUGUGUUCAUGUCCGUGAUGUGUGAUGACAGGGGCAGGGUCUGUUCUUUCAAUACCGGCAUUUAAGUUUUUAUUUUAUUUAUUUUUUUAUGUUACUAUUUCUGUAACAGUAACAGCCAUUAUCUCUUGAUCUUUGAAUGCCGUAUACGAAAAUUAAGUCUUUUUAUAUGUAUAUAAUAUAUAUUGAUAUCACCUUUUAUUGUGCCCUAUUUAUAAAUACCCAUUUAAUUGUGGGUCGGGGGAUGGACUCUAUUAUUCAAACUUCCAGACUCACAUAAUCUUUAAAGUCGUUUCAUUCAAUUUUUGUAUUGGUAAAAGUAAAAGACACAUUCGACAUUUGAAAUGGAGUCGCCGCCCGUAGUUGCCCUAUGGUGGCCCCUCUCGCCGCCCGUAGUUGCCCUAUGAUGGCCCCUCUCCCCGCCCGUAGUUGCCCUAUGAUGGCCCCUCUCAACCUGUAGUUGCCCUAUGAUGGACCUUCUACGCUGAGGCUCCGAGACAUUCGCAGAUUGACGCCCCCACAGUUUAAACCAUGGCUGCACACGCCCGAACUCGACCAUCAAGCACAAUCCCUUCAAAUGAGUCGAGCAAAAACUCUUGUGAUGAUUAUUCGUUUGUCAGUCUGGUAUUCCAAGUUUCUGCCCAAAGCCGACAAAUUACUUCCGCCCUAAGGUUCCCAGUUUUACUGUUUUCCCAGGGGGUAGGGGGGUUGGGGAUCUUGCCGUCUACGGCGCACACAACGUUUAGGCCCUAAAGUCAAAGCUAAAAAUAAACUUUCUUAAGCUGUUCGUCUUUGGCGUAUUGAUUCUGGGGCUUUCAAAAAAAAAAAAAAAAAAAGGCCUUCUAUAAAAACUCAGCUACAACAAGUCAGUCUGUUAGAACAGCGGUUCUAAUUUUAUAUAAUCUGAGGCCCUCUUUUCAUUGGACUUUUUUUUUAGGUAGUCGGGGUGCUAGCUUGUCUUCUUCUGGCAAUAAUUAAUAAUGGACAUUUUCUUUACUAGUGCUUCAAACCCACGUUAAUUUUAGUUUGUUUUUUUCCGAAGCCAAUCCUAAAAGCCCAAUGUCUCAGCGUUUAAGAACAUAUGUGCUUGUCAUUAAAAUUACGAAUAGCUGAGGUUCAGUAUUCCAUUCACUUGCCGCUUUUCGAAACCGAAAUAAAGGGAAAAUUUCGUCCUGUGGUGUUGCCAUUACUAGGUUCUGUAUUUAACUUUGCUGUGUGAUAUGCGGCUCACUUAUUUCAAAAUCUCCUCAGCAUCUUUCUAAAAGUGUUCCUGGGAUAUGGCAAUAAAGAUCCCAAAAGACCCUCCUUCACUUAAAGAGGCGGUUUUUUUAAUAGAAUUUGAGAACUCCUACGAACUGUGAUGGUGCUUCCGUAGAUCUGCGCAUGGAAAACAAAUUGUUCAAAGAGAUGUUUACAAAUGUACUCUUUGAAUGAAAUACAUCUUUAAGUUUUUGUUUUUUAAUAAUUCCUUAUUAUAAAAUCAUUGUCAUGCGGGACCCAUAGAUCAUUAGUAAUAAUUGUUUAUCAGUCAUAGGGCGCAUAAAAUUACCGCAAUGGGGAGUCCACAUCAGUCUUGCAGGAACGAGCAGGGUCGAGGCUAUGAAACGCUGCUCCCGGAGCAAGCCCUGAAUUUUGGCGCCCUCUUCCAAACAGUAUAUGUUAAGACAUGUAUCCUGCAUGAAAUAAUGACGAGUAGGCGCGUGACACCUUCAAAUCCCGCUUUUCGCACGGCCCAGUGAACGAGUAAAAACGCCCCUGGUUGAGACUGGAGCCCUUAGCACCAUAUUUUGGUGAUCCAGAUGAGACUGGAGUCCUUAGCACCAUAUUCUGGUAACCCAGAUGAGACUGGAGUCCUUAGCACCAUAUUAUGGUGACCCAGAUGAGACUGGAGUCGUUAGCACCAUAUUCUGGUGACCCAGAUGAGACUGGAGUCCUUAGCACCAUAUUCUGGUGACCCAGAUGAGACUGGAGACCUUAGCACCAUACUCUGGUGACCCAGAUGAGACUGGAGUCCUUAGCACCAUACUAUGGUGAUCCAGAUGAGAAUGUAUUUCCUACUUGUUAACACACAACUUUGUCCCAUUGUCCGCUCUUUUCAACUUUGUGUAACAUCCCCUGCAUAUUUGUAUGUACGGUACUCCAUUACUACUUCCACUCCAUUACUACUUUUAUGUCCUCCAUUACAUCCACUUCAUGUUUGUAUGUCACCCAUUACAUCCACUCCAAGUUUGUAAGUACCGGUACUCCUCAACAUCCACUACUGAUGUGUUUUUGUUUUGGUUUCAGGCAAGAAGAAGACGUCCUGCAGUUACAGGUCCUGCAGAUGUGACAUCCAGUUGGGCGAGUGUCUGAGUUGGGCGACCUACAACCGUGAGCACAAGAACCACAACACCCUGAGGUGCAGAUGAUCCGUUGAAGCACUGUGCCUUUCGGGGGGUGGGGGGGCGCUGUCCUUACACCUGUGCUUGGUGCUGGAAGAUCAACCAGUUACAGCACCAAAUUACUGCAGGAUUGGCUCCGUCGGAGUUGUAAAAUAGGCAGAGGGUUAUAAAAAAAAAAAAAAAAAAUUUAAAUCAAAUGGUUGUAAAAAACUAAGGUUGUAAAAAUUUGUAAAAUUUUAUGCUUGGUGAAAAUAAAGGGGGGGGGGGGGGGGGCUGUCCUUACACCUGAGCUUGGUGCUGGAAGAUCAAACAGUUACAGCACAAAAUUACUGCAGGAUUGGCUCCGUCGGAGUUGUAAAAUAGGCAGAGGGUUAUAAAAAAAAAAAAAAAAAAUUUAAAUCACAUGGUUGUAAAAACCUACGGUUGUAAAACUUUGUAAAAUUUUAUGCUUGGUGAAAAUAACAUUUUGAUGUCCG